AUGGCAGACUCAGCACCCGAGAAUGAAAAGAAGGUCGAGCAGAGGCCUGAAGGUGACGCUACCUCCUCACCAGUAGAUUCCGACGUCGAAUUAGAGGCGAGCAGCAUCAAUGAGAAGGCGCUGUUGAGAAAGCUGGAUAUCAAACUGCUUCCUGGGCUUGUGGUUCUCUAUUUGCUUUCUUUCUUGGACCGGAGCAAUGUUGCCAACGCACGUUUGGAAGGACUUACAGAAGAUCUUGGAAUGACCGGAAACCAAUACCUGACAUCUCUUACGCUGUACUUCAUCGGCUACGUAUUGUUCGAAAUUCCCUGCAACAUCAUCCUCAAGCGCACGACUCCUAAAAUCUGGCUUCCGACGCUCACUCUACUCUGGGGAAUCGUGUCCACCCUCAUGGGCAUCACGCAGAAUUUGUCCGGCUUCUUCGCAGUGCGCUUCUUCCUCGGCGUUGCCGAAAGCGGUCUCUUUCCAGGCGUUGUCUUCUAUCUGUCCAUGUGGUACAAGCGUCAUGAGAGAGUGUACCGCGUAGCGCUAUUCUUCAGCGCAGCGAGUUUGGCCGGCGCAUUUGGCGGAAUCCUGGCAUAUGGCAUCGGCAAAAUGAAAGGCGUCGGCGGCCUCAACGGCUGGCGCUGGAUCUUCAUCAUCGAAGGGCUCCUCACGGUCGUCAUCUCGCUCUUCGCCUACCUCUUCAUCGCCAACUACCCGUCCACCGCGCCCUUCCUCACCCCCAAAGAACGCACCUACCUCUCCGCCCGCCUGACCACCGACUCCGACGCCACCGCGGCGGAACCCUUCUCCUGGGCCGCCGUCGCCCGCUGCCUGCGCGACCCGAAAUGCUGGCUGUACGGGCUAGCCUUCCACACGCUCUCGCUGCCCCUCUACACCCUCUCCCUCUUCCUCCCCUCCAUCAUCAAAUCCCUCGGCUACACCGCCGCCCGCGCCCAGCUCCUCUCCGUCCCGCCCUACGCCCUCGCCACCAUCCUCACCGUCGCCGUCGCGUACGCCUCCGAGCGCCUGCACGCCCGCGCCCCCUUCAUACUCGCCUCCAGCACCUGCGGCGUCGUCGGCUACGCCAUCCUCCUCGGCAACGCCGACCCCGUCGCCCGCCCCGGCGUGUCGUAUGUGGGCACGUUCUUCGCGGCGGCAGGGAUAUACCCCGCCACGGCGCUGGCGCUGGCGUGGCCGGCGAUGAAUGUCGCGGGCCAGACGAAGCGCGCGACGGCGUGCGCGCUGCAGAUUAGUGUCGGGAAUCUGGGGGCGGUGCUGGGGACGCAGUUGUACAGGCCGGCGACGGCGCCGCGGUAUGUGUUGGGGCAUGCGUUUGCGCUUGGGUAUAUGGUGGCGAAUGUGGUUGUUGUUUCUGUGUUGUGGUGGGUGUUGGCGAGGGAGAAUCGGAGGAGGGAGGCGGAGAGACCGUUGGGUGGGGUGGAGGGGGCGGAUCCGCAGGAUGUGGUGGCGGAGAGGGGGGAGCAGGUUACGGGGGAUGAUGAUGUGAGGUGGAGGUUUAAUAUCUGA